AUGGAUUUUAUAGUGAAGGUUGAAGAAUCAAGGCCGGCCGCAGACGGGAGGCCAUCGGCGGGGCCUGUGUACAGGAGCAUUUAUGCUAAAGAUGGGCUCAUGGAGUUGCCGGAGGGGUUGGAGUCUCCAUGGCAGUUUCUCAGCGACUCUGCGAAAAAGUAUCCGAACAAUCCAAUGCUUGGUCGGCGUCAAGUCAAGGCCACAAAGGUGGGUCCCUAUGUAUGGCUUACAUAUCAAGAGGUUCAUGAUGCAGCCAUUCGAAUGGGUUCAGCCAUCAGGAGCCGCGGUGUCAAUCCUGGAGAUCGUUGUGGUAUAUUUGGAUCAAACUCCCCCCAGUGGCUUACUGCAAUGGAGGCCUGUAAUAGCCAUGCCAUAACCUAUGUUCCGCUGUAUGACACCCUUGGUGCUAAUGCAGUUGAAUUCAUCAUCAAUCAUGCUGAAGUUUCCAUAGCUUUUGUUCAAGAGAACAAGAUCCCUGCUAUUCUGUCAUGCCUUCCAAAUUGCUCUACGCAUUUAAAAACAAUUGUUAGCUUUGCAAAUUUUUCUAGCACGCAAAAGGAGGAAGCUGAAGGACUGGGGGUAUCUUGUUUUUCUUGGGAGGAAUUCUCUCAGUUGGGAAAUUUAGAUUGUGAACUACCUCCAAAACAGAGGACUGACAUUUGCACUAUAAUGUACACAAGUGGAACAACUGGAGAACCAAAAGGUGUUAUUAUUACUAAUGGAGCAAUUAUGGCAGAAGUAUUGUCUGUGGAGCAAAUACUUUUUCUAACAGAUAAAGUGUGUACAGAAGAAGAUUCGUAUUUUUCCUUUCUUCCUUUGGCCCAUAUAUAUGAUCAAAUUAUGGAGAGCUAUUGCAUCUACAAGGGUUCCUCUAUAGGCUUCUGGCGAGGAGAUAUCAGAUUUCUAAUGGAGGACCUUCAGGAACUAAGGCCUACUAUGUUUUGCGGGGUCCCUAGAGUGUAUGAUCGCAUAUACACUGGUAUUGCUAAUAAAGUUUCGUCUAGCGGUGCGUUGAGGAAGAUGCUGUUCCAAUAUGCUUAUAACUACAAGUUGGCAAAUCUGGAGAAGGGUCUGCCACAAGAAAACGCAGCACCUCCCUUGGACAAGCUUGUCUUUGAUAAGAUAAAACAAGCAUUAGGGGGACGAGUUCGUAUACUGUUGUCUGGUGCUGCACCUUUGCCUAGGCAUGUGGAGGAAUUUUUUAGGGUCACCGCCUGCAGUACUUUGUCACAAGGAUAUGGCCUCACUGAAAGCUGUGGUGGAUGUCUUACGUCUAUUGGCAAUGUUUUUCCUAUGAUGGGAACUGUGGGUGUCCCCAUGACAACUAUUGAAACAAGGCUUGAGUCAGUGCCAGAAAUGGGAUAUGAUGCACUUUCCAGUGUGCCACGUGGAGAGAUUUGCCUGAGAGGAAAAUCCUUGUUUUCUGGUUACCACAAGCGACAAGAUCUGACAGAGGAAGUCCUUAUUGAUGGAUGGUUUCAUACUGGUGACAUUGGAGAAUUGCAGCCUAAUGGAGCAAUGAAAAUUAUAGAUAGGAAAAAGAAUAUAUUUAAACUGUCUCAAGGUGAAUAUGUUGCUGUGGAAAACAUUGAAAGCAAAUACCUGCAAUGCCCUCUUCUCACAUCGAUUUGGGUUUAUGGGAACAGCUUUGAGUCGUUUCUUGUUGCUGUGGUGGUCCCUGACAGAAAGGCAUUGGAGGAUUGGGCAGCAGAGCAUCAUUUGACCGAUGAUUUUAAAUCAUUAUGUCAAAACCUGAAGGCAAGAAAAUACAUUUUGGAUGAGCUCAAUAGUGUUGGUCAGAAGCAGCAACUUCGAGGUUUUGAGCUGUUAAAAGCAGUUCACUUGGAACCAAAUCCCUUUGACAUGGAGAGGGAUCUUAUAACUCCAACAUUCAAACUGAAGAGACCACACCUACUUAAAUAUUAUUACAAGGACCGUAUUGAUAAACUGUACAGUGAAGCAAAGGAAGCAAGGGUAUGACAGCAAUGUCGAAAGCCGGAAGCUACUGGAGAAAACCUUUUUACCACAAUUUCCCAAAGAUGUGAUUGCUGAUAGUGGGCAGGUGCUACCCACAAAGACUCUGGAUUCAGAUCCCUGUGAGUCCGUCCAAGUUAGUUUGUGUAAAAAUAAAGAUAAUAUGAAAAGUUCUGGUUUGAGAAACCAUAUAUAUAUUAUUGGUCCCAAUGUCAGUUAUUUGUGCUUGCAAAUACACACAGAAUUGCUAUAUUCAUUCACUCUUUCA